UCAACAUUGCACAUAUCAUAAUCAUAUAAUUUUUGAUGAUUAUAGCCAAACAAAAACAAAAGUUGAAAUUGAAUUAUUAUACAUUAACAUUCCUCACGUGACUCAAUUUCCAAUCAUGCCAAAUUUUCUGCUUCCACAUGCAAGUCCACUCAAUUAUGCUCCCAUGUUGGACCAUAACCUCUCAAACCCCACUCAUUUUCUUCCUCUAAUGGAACAUCAGUAUUCUCUCCUCCAACCACUCAUCUCAUCCACCACCACCGUCACCGUCCCUCCGGCAAUAACCCAUUUCCCGGCAAACGGAGAAGUAGCCGGUAAACCCAGAACUUUCUCUUCCAACCGUGCCAUCGCCAUCCGUCUCCUCUCCAUCUUCUUCAUUGCAAUAAUCUCAAUCUGGGCAAACUUCGAAGCAUCAAAGGGUUUCGAAAUCACCAUCAUCAACGAAGCUCCCCUGGACUCUCUCGCAGGAAAACGCUUCGCCCUCUUCUACAUCUCCGACGACAAAGCGACUCGCAUAGUCCUAAAAGCCAGCAAGAUCGUCGAAGACCUUCUUUACCCAAAUGCCAGACUACCCAAGAAGCAGAUCGGCCAUGUGACGCUACGUCUCUCCAGCCGGAAAAUGACUGAAAAAGUAGCCGUUAAAUCCUCCUCAGGGGAAGAACAAGGUUUUGUAAUCGAUAUAAAUUCUCUGCUAAUGGAAGAAGAAAAUGCGAACCGUGCCAUGGAAUCGGCGGUCCUACGUGGUGUGGCCCGGGUGUGGCUUUGGGAUGGCCAUUCAAAAGCUCCGCCGGAGCUUUUGGCCGGAAUUGUGGAGUAUAUCAGCAUGGUUUCCGGAUUUGGUGAAAUGAGUUAUGGCUCGGGCGCUGGUGCCUGCGAUUUGCCGGAAUGUGGUAGCCAUUCUUGGUGGGAGGAUAAGGAUGCGAAGGUUGUGGCCAAGUUUUUGAAUUAUUGGGAAGAGAAUGACAAAGGGUUCAUCCAUCGGUUGAAUAGAGGCAUGAAAGAUGGGUGGGAUGAUCGGACAGUUGAUGAUGCGCUUGGUGUAGGGGCACAGCAACCCUUGUGUGUAGCAUGUAAUUUUUCUAGUACAGCUAGAUCUUAGUAUAAUCAAGUUAAACAUGAUUAAUGGUUGUGAUCUAAUCUGGGUCACAUGGUUCCAACAUCAAGGAUUAAUUAUUGGGUGUGGCAUCACAUGGGAAUGAUCACCAUCGUUGGACAUCGAUGCAAUCAGUGUAAGUGGGUCCCAACCAGAUAAGUUAAUUUGUUUUAUUUAUUUUUAAUUAUUUUUGCACAAGCAGAAAAAAAGGAUUAUUUUGUAAUUUUGUAAUUAAUUUUUAUACAAUUGAGUAUAAGCAAUAAGCAAUUUGUUGUA